AUCACUAACGCGUUACAGAACUCUUCAAGUGAUAGUAACUCGGCUGCAAGGGACGUUUUAACAGUGUGUGCUUCAAUGGUUAGGAUGAAAAGCUUCGACGAUGAAAAUGGCGGAGGUGCCAACAGAGGACCAUUGUCGGGGGCGCCCGGGAAUUCUGAAAGAACUGUGUCGAAUACCCAAAGUUACCAAAGGCAACAGCCACCGCCAGAACAACCACCGCCGCCGUUCCACCCACCGCAGAACUUCGUCGAGGGUUUUUUGACGAGCAUAAACCAGGACCUCCUCGUCUCCAAGACGUUCUACUUCUUUUUCUUCUCCGCGUUCGGCUCCCUCUUUCCGCUGCUAGCCGUCUACUUCAAGCAAAUGGGCAUGAACGCCACGCAGAGUGGUUUGCUCAUCGGCAUUCGGCCCUUGGUCGAAUUCAUCAGCGCCCCUAUGUGGGGUGGCGUGGCAGACCGCUUCAAGAAGGGCAAAGCGAUUCUCCUCGGCUCGCUCGCCUGCUGGAUCGUGUUCACGCUUUCGCUGGCGUUCGUGCAGCCUCCUGCCGCUUCGUGUAUCGACUACAACGACACUCAUCACGUCCUGUACUCCCCCGACACAGGCGGCAACGACCGCUACCGCCGGAGCGUGUCUGCGAUUCAGGAGAACCUCUGGAUGGACGUCGCGGCUGAAGAAGAACUACUGCCGCAGCAUCUCGAUUCCUUUCCGGAGCCACGGGACAAGAGGGUACAGAGCACCGAGGCACCCUCGCUGCCUCAGGUGGAGAGAGGGCGAAGCAAGGCCAAGCAGCUUCCUCCCAACUACGUCGUCGGCAAGUCACCCAACACUGUCGAGUACACACUCAACUACAACCAGGAGCGGCACACGUCCUACAUCUCGCCUCCCUUCAGCUCGAUCGUGUACAAGUACGAAGACGUGCAGGAGGUCUUCUUCCUCCUGCUGCUGCUCAUCGUGCUUGGCGAGUACUUCAGCGCCCCGGCCAUUACGCUGGCCGACGCGGCGACCCUCUCACACCUCGGAGAAAACACCGACAACUACGGUCGCCAGCGCAUGUUCGGAUCGCUCGGCUGGGGCGUGGCCAUGUUCUUCGUGGGCAUUGCGCUCGACCAUUCUACCUCUUUUCCGAACCACCCGUGCGGUCCGUACGAGAAGGAGCGCAACUACACCAUCUGCUUCGCCACCUUCUCGGUGCUCAUGGGCUGCGCCUUCAUAUCGGCCACGCAGCUCAAGUUCGAUUACGAGCCCGACUUGCCCGGGCCGGACGACAACAUCGUCAUGAAGCAGGUGGUGAUGAACAGUGACGCGAGCAAGCCCAUUACCAUCGAGGACAUUGCACCGGGCAUACCACAGGCGAGACAGCCGCCCAAGCAGGAAGAGAAACCGGAGACCAAGAGCACGGUGUUUGCUCAGACCACACGCAAGCUGCCGGAGUGGUUCGCCGUGCUUCGUUCGUUCGCGACGGUGCGGUACGGCGCCUUCCUCGUAGUCACGUGGUUCAUGGGCUUCGGCAUCGGUCUCGUGUUCACCUUCCUCUUCUGGCACCUGCAAGACCUGGGCGGCACGCCCACGCUCUUCGGUGUGGCCUCCGUGAUCAACCACGUGUCGGAGAUAUUCGCCUACUUCUUCAGCUUCCGCUUCAUCCGCCAGAUUGGACACGUCAAGGUGCUCUGUGUCGGGCUCGUCGGCAACGUAUGCCGAUUCCUCUACAUCUCCUGGUUGAAGAACCCCUGGUGGGUGCUGCCCUUCGAAUUCAUUCAAGGAGUAACGCAUGCGGCUGUGUGGGCUGCCUGUUGCUCCUACAUCACACAAUCAACGCCCGCGAACCUGAGGUCAUCGGCACAGGGAGUUCUGCAGGGUCUUCACCACGGACUCGGCCGAGGCUGCGGAGCCGUUAUUGGAGGAAUAUUCGUCAACUACUUCGGCACUCAGAUCACCUUCCGUGGCUACGGCUUCGCGUGCCUGCUAGUCCUGGUCGGGUUCGUGUUCGUCAAUUACUACCGCAAGGACAAAGGCUUCGUUGCCUUCCGCGAGGAUGAAGACGAGCCACACCUCGUGGUCGAGGAGACGUCACACCUGGCACCCCAUGGCGUCCCGGCCAAUCCGAUGGCGCGAUCGCUGUCCAAGCAAAACCUCGGCGACGGCCAGCAGCAGGGUGGUGGCCAGCAGCAACCACAACAGCCGGACGCCAGCGUAACACAGGGUCCUGGUGGCUUCCUCGGCGUGCCUGGAGGUGGAGGAGGAAACCAGGGGUCUCGAAACAGCAGUCAGCCAGAUCAGUGGGGAUACAAGACGAACACUUUAAACCAAGCGCACUCACCGGAAGAACUAAGCCGAAGCAGCUAUGGCCGGGCUUCUCUGGCAGCUGCCUUUAAUCCUAAAGGAAUCAUGGCCCAGGCUGUCAGUCCCGACAGUACAUAUCAGUUCGAUCACAUCAGAAAGGACUUCGAAGCCUACAAGGACGUCACGGCACUGAGAGACUUCGACCUGGAUUCGAUAAAAGAAACCAACCCGUUCAAGUCAUCUCUGUUGAAGACUUCUUCAUUCGCCCCGCAGCCGAGUAGGAGGCAUGCCGCCGACGCCUACGCAUGGUAGAGGCCUUGCCAGGCAUGGAACGUAACGACGUCAACGAAAGGAAUUAUUAUUUAGUGUUUUUUACUCGUUAUUUACAGUGUAAGUUACCCGGCUUUAAUUUUCUACUGGAUCUAAUG